GCGCCGGGCGCUCGUUAGGCGCGGGAGGCCGGCGCAUGGCGGACGCGGUGCUGUUCGAGUUUCUGCACACGGAGAUGGUGGCGGAACUGUGGGCGCAUGAUCCCGACCCCGGCCCCGGGGUUCACAGAGAGCAGCGGCACGCUCGAGUCCCGACCGCCACUUGCUCAGCAUCCGCUUCCUGUCCUCCUGGGUGCGGAGCCCUGUGUGUGCGGAAGGUCGGCCGGGCCCCCACCCCCACGGAGCUGCCUCCCUCCCCGGGCUCUGCACCUGUCUCCCCUCUGCUUGCCCACCCAGGGACAGAAUAUGAGCCUGUCUGUGCUGGAGGGCAUGGGCUUCCGUGUGGGCCAGGCCCUGGGCGAGAGGAACCCAGCCUGGCUUCCUCCUUCUUCCUCACCCUGGGCUCCUCAAGCCUGGCCCGGCGACCCCCCAGCAUCAGCCUGGCCCAAGUGUCUGCCGCUGCCCCCCAGGCUGUCCCGGGAGACGCUGGCCUACAGGGAGGAGCUGGACAUCCUCAAGUUCCUGUGCAAAGACCUGUGGAUGGCCGUGUUCCAGAAGCAGAUGGACAGCCUCCGCACCAACCACCAGGCUUCUCCUCUGCCCAGGGGACCUACGUCCUGCAGGACAACAGUUUCCCCCUCCUCAUCCGGAUGGCCUCAGGCCUGCAGUAUCUGGAGGAAGCACCCAAGUGACCUGUGCCCCCCGCCCCCAGUUCCUGGCCUUCACCUGCGGCCUCCUGCGUGGCACCCUCUGCACCCUGGGCGUCAAGAGCCUGGUCACCGCCUCCGUGGCAGCCCUGCCUGCCUGUAAGUUCCAGGUGGUGAUCCAGAAAUCCUGAGCAGCCCCAGGCCCCCACCCCCAGCUAAGCCUCACAGCCGCCUCUGGCCCAGGGACCCUGGGCUGCUGCCUUUGGAGGUGGCCAGAGGGCUGAUGCUAGGGACCCCAGGCUGUGGGGGAACGAGCAAGGCAGGGGGUCCAGCCGCUUCAAGGCGUCACAGGUGCUCAACAAGUGGGUCUCCUCGGGAGGUGGGGGCGUCCCGGGGGCAAGGUGGCCCCGGCCUCAGUUGGGGCCCGUGUGCCAGGAUCCCCCAUCGGGUCACUCUGCACGGCAGAUGCUCAAUAAAGCUUUUGUAUG